GCAAAAAAAAACGAGAGGUCCAGAAAAAGAAACCCAUUUUUACAGUUUAUCAAUCAGUCAACCAAAAGCUCUUGGGAGAAACAGAGCCAAAAAAACAAAAGAAAGGAGGCAGAGGAACAAAUGUUCGCGUCCGCCAUGUUUGGUGCUCAAGCGUUAUCACUGCGUAACCCACCGUCCACAGCAUUGCUGGGACCCAGUGGCGGUGUGGUCCGGACAGAAGCGCCAAGGCACGUUGGUGGGUUGGUGAUAGAAUGCUCAUCCAGGCCACAGAAGAAGGCCACGGCGCACCACAGGAAGACUCGGCCACGCAAGACUCAGCCAUGGGACGUCAAGCGCAAGCCCACCGUUUACCCUCCCUUACCUCCCCUCCCUCCCGAGUGGACCUUGCUCUCCCAUGAUGAUUCUUCUUCUGCUUCUGCCGCUGUUGAAGUCUCUGUUAUUCCUCCUCCCGAAGCUCAGCCCCCCACACCAAGCGGAUAAACAUUUACGUUUUAUGUUUUUUUGGAUUUUGAAUUGUCUCUGAAUGGUUGAUUAUGUUGAAUUCUGUAUUAUGUUAUGUGUAUUUUUUUGCUUGGUUUUGUGGGUAAUGAUGUGUUUGUUGGGACUUGGGAGAUGUUAUGGGUCGUCCACAACCUGUUUGAUGAUAGUACUGUGUGCAAAUGAAGUGACCCAGAUGAAACAAUA